CAGUGUUCGAAGAAAAAGAAAAACUUUCGUAGACGUCAACGAUUGUGGUGAGGUUUACAAAAAAAAAAAAGAACCGCAAGCUGCCCAGAAGAAUUUUGAAAAAGGGCAUCUUUCCGGCUUGACUGAUAAUUUAUCUGAUUUAUACUUCUUACGAACAAACAAAAACGGUGUGCGAAUAAAAUGGAACCCUAUGAUGUGAUAGUUAACCAACCUGUGGUGAUCGACAACGGAUCUGGAAUGAUAAAAGCAGGCUUCGCGGGCGAUCACAUCCCAAAAUGUCGAUUCCCAAAUUAUAUGGGACGCCCAAAACACGUACGCGUGAUGGCCGGUGCACUCGAGGGCGAUGUAUUUGUUGGACCAAAGGCUGAAGAUUACCGUGGCCUGCUUAGCAUUCGUUAUCCAAUGGAGCACGGUAUCGUUACAGAUUGGAACGAUAUGGAGAAGAUUUGGACGUACAUCUACAGCAAAGAUGAGCUAUCCACGUUCUCCGAGGAGCAUCCGGUUCUGCUAACAGAAGCUCCUUUGAACCCUAGAAGAAAUCGCGAAAAAGCAGCAGAAAUAUUUUUCGAAACCUUCAACGUACCAGCCCUGUUCGUGUCGAUGCAGGCCGUUCUUAGUCUGUAUGCUACAGGGCGUGUGACUGGAGUAGUGCUAGACGCCGGAGAUGGCGUCACGCAUGCUGUUCCAAUCUACGAAGGUUUUGCAAUGCCUCAUAGUAUAAUGCGGGUGGAUAUAGCCGGGCGGGACGUUACGCGCUACCUCAAAACACUUAUCCGAAAGGAAGGAUUCAAUUUUCGCACAACAGCCGAAUUUGAAAUUGUACGAUCUAUCAAGGAGAAGAUCUGUUAUUUACCUACCAUCCCUCAGAAGGAAGAGUCAGUCGAUACGGAGAAGGUCAAGUACACUUUGCCGGAUGGUAAUGUGUUGGAAAUUGGACCAGCACGGUAUCGCGCACCGGAGGUGCUCUUCCGCCCGCAUAUGCUCGGAGAGGAAUGCGAAGGAAUCCACGAAGUGCUAAUGUAUUCGAUUCAGAAGUCUGACAUGGAUCUGCGAAAGAUGCUGUAUCAGAACAUCGUGCUCUCUGGUGGAUCCACUCUUUUCAAGGGUUUCGGUGAUCGAUUAUUGUCCGAGAUUCGAAAACACGUUGCGAAGGACAUGAAAAUUCGGAUUGCCGCACCGCAAGAACGCAUCUAUUCAACAUGGAUGGGUGGUUCCAUUCUGGCAUCGCUUGACACGUUCAAGAAGAUGUGGGUCUCCAAACGGGAGUUCGAUGAAGACGGACAGCGCGCAAUUCAUCGGAAAACGUUCUAAAGGUAGUCGCGCAAUGAAACUGAAUUACUUUCUUACAAGCAAACAAAAAACUCACUAGAAGUACUAGGUUCUUAUAUAAAGUUCACAUCAAUCAUUGUUUGUUGAACGAAACCCACUAAGCUGGCAGUGGACGAAAAGGUAGGCCUCUCCUGUAUUCCAGUAGGCAUCAACAAAUGUGAAUAUGUAUUAGCUAAUGUUUUUCCAUUAUAAAAGACCUUCGUUAAGGGCAAUGUGAGAUUUGUUGAUAGGCUUUCAAGCAACUAGCAGCAGUUGAAACUGAACUUUCCGCAUGGGACAGAGGAUCCUAAUCAAAAUGUCUAUUUAUUGAAUUUUUCGCCAAAUCAUUACUGAGUCUGAAUCGCUAGUGAUUCGAGAAAUGCACAAUGGUUUUUUUUCAAGUACACCCCAUUUUCUUAUCUACGUUACUGGUGUCUUUAAAUGUACCACUCUAAGAUGCGAAUCAUUCCAUCUGUUUUUUUGUUUUUUGUCUGUGCUGUUUUACCUUCUCUAAAUGCUGUUAACAUGUUCUAUAUUCUUUUGAAAAAAAUAGAAAAUUGUCUCAUUUUAUUCUAUAUGCAUCAUACAUAAGUAUGAAUAAUUUCAAAAGUAAGCCGCAAAAAUUCUAAGGCACUAGUUAUAAUUUAACUAUUUAUAUUGAAGAAAAUUCCGAGAAAGAUAAUAUAAACUAAUCUACUAGAUAUUAUCCGAUAGCUUUUAAGGAUAAUAUUUGGAGAAAACGAUAAUUAAAUGCAGCUUGCACAGCAGAAAAGUGUUACUCCAAGCAUGAAAAAAGAAUAUAUCACUAUAAGAAAACUCUA